UACGACACGCUCCUCAGUGACAUCCCGAUCGAACUUCUUCCAGGUUCUGCCCACCAUCAUGUCGUUACCACGAGUCCAAACAUCACUGACAACUGUAGACAUAGAGCCAUAAUGAAGCUUGGGCUCAAUCACGUUCCCUUGAAGGCCUUUGACAUUGAGGGAGCCCUCUACGAGCUGGGGCAGCUGCUCGAUAUGAUUGCGGACUGUGUUUACGACGUUGCACAACUCUGCGAUAGGAAGAAGAGACUGGUCAGAAAACCGGCACUUGACAAGGCAAGGAAGAAGAUGAGCAGCUACUGGAUAAAGCACAGACACUUCACUGCUGAGCCGAUCGACCAGGCCAAUAUGAGAAGGGAGAUAGAAUUCGUUACAAGGAGGCAUCUGGUCACUGCCACUGACAAAGCUGCUAAUACUCCUGCCUUCGUCUGCGUCAAUUUUAUCAGGGAAUUGGCAUUGAAAAGGUUGUCCAGUCCAGACUUCAUCUUGCAGCAUGAAGAACUGGGACUCAUUAUGGUGGCCAUGCAUGCAGAAAACGAGCACCUGACAGCACUACCUCGAGUCGGAGCUUCACUGCCUUAUCUCAUGGCGGUCUUCAAGGCACACAAGAGAUCAUUUCGAUGGAUCACGAACACCUCCAACUCCGCUGUCUCAUCCAUGGCCAAACUCUGCGCAUGCCUGCUCGCCUUCUUGGCCCCCUCCGUAAUAGAUUUCUGUGAAGAAGAAAGCAACUGGAUGGAGGACGAAUACGGUGUCAGGCCCAAUCUCUGGUGGCCCACUUCUUCUGUCGGAGAAUUUGCGGCUAGCCUCCCACCGAACGUCACAUCAGUUUUCUCUGCAGACAUCACCAGAUGCUUCGAGUUGAUCCCCACUGACACAUCGGAGCACAGCCUGGUAGCGGCGGUGAAAUUCUUCGUGGAGUCCGCCAUGAAGCACAGGCGUGAUAGGAGCCCAAGAGACUCUGUGAAGGUGACGUUAGCGCCUAGGUACGACACGCUCCUCAGUGACAUCCCGAUCGAACUUCUUCCAGGUUCUGCCCACCAUCAUGUCGUUACCACGAGUCCAAACAUCACUGACAACUGUAGACAUAGAGCCAUAAUGAAGCUUGGGCUCAAUCACGUUCCCUUGAAGGCCUUUGACAUUGAGGGAGCCCUCUACGAGCUGGGGCAGCUGCUCGAUAUGAUUGCGGACUGUGUUUACGACGUUGCACAACUCUGCGAUAGGAAGAAGAGACUGGUCAGAAAACCGGCACUUGACAAGGCAAGGAAGAAGAUGAGCAGCUACUGGAUAAAGCACAGACACUUCACUGCUGAGCCGAUCGACCAGGCCAAUAUGAGAAGGGAGAUAGAAUUCGUUACAAGGAGGCAUCUGGUCACUGCCACUGACAAAGCUGCUAAUACUCCUGCCUUCGUCUGCGUCAAUUUUAUCAGGGAAUUGGCAUUGAAAAGGUUGUCCAGUCCAGACUUCAUCUUGCAGCAUGAAGAACUGGGACUCAUUAUGGUGGCCAUGCAUGCAGAAAACGAGCACCUGACAGCACUACCUCGAGUCGGAGCUUCACUGCCUUAUCUCAUGGCGGUCUUCAAGGCACACAAGAGAUCAUUUCGAUGGAUCACGAACACCUCCAACUCCGCUGUCUCAUCCAUGGCCAAACUCUGCGCAUGCCUGCUCGCCUUCUUGGCCCCCUCCGUAAUAGAUUUCUGUGAAGAAGAAAGCAACUGGAUGGAGGACGAAUACGGUGUCAGGCCCAAUCUCUGGUGGCCCACUUCUUCUGUCGGAGAAUUUGCGGCUAGCCUCCCACCGAACGUCACAUCAGUUUUCUCUGCAGACAUCACCAGAUGCUUCGAGUUGAUCCCCACUGACACAUCGGAGCACGGCCUGGUAGCGGCGGUGAAAUUCUUCGUGGAGUCCGCCAUGAAGCACAGGCGUGACAAGAGCCCAAGAGACUCUGUGAAGGUGACGUUGUCCGAAAGCGUCAGGAUGAUUCCCUCAUGGGCAAGCAGGCACCUGUGUCUCACCGACGAGUCUAUGUUCUUUACUGAGAAGGAGAUCGUCCCGGUCACGGAAUGGUGUGUCUCGCACAGCCUUGUGCAACUAGGAGGAGAAGUUUGGAGACACUUGCUGGGAAUUCCGAUGGGUUUGGCCUGCUUCCCUUUAUGAUGUGAUGUAUACUUUUUCAAGUACGAGUACCAGGCGAUGAACAGGAUGCUACAGAAGGGGAUGGGAGAACUGGUUGCUGCUUUCAGUAACGCAUUCCGCUAUGUCGAUGAUGUCUGCUCUCUGAACAACCCCUUGGCCAAAACCUGCUUCAGAAAGGACUGUGACCGGGAUACGGACCCCAUGUGGAUCUACCCCGCAGAGUACAUUGAGGUGUGUGGUGUCCAGGGAAUUUCUGGCCUAGCAGGGUUUGUUGUCGGCUGUGACAACAGGCCCACCUAGGCCUGAGCAAUCCCCUCAAAGGGAUAGCGGGUGGGUUACACACACACACACACACACACACACACACACACACACACACACACACACACACACACACACACACACACACACAUAUCCAAGUGUAUGGAUGAGUCCAGGAAUCAGGAAGAAAGCCCAGGCAAGUUAAUCGUCCAAGGUAAGGAUGACCAAGACAGCAAGGUUAAUCACACACGCACGCAUCCCCCCCCCCCUCCCCUCCCGUGGUGGCACCCUUUGUGGUCCCGAAAUGUCUAUGCACGCAUGGAGGGUACGUAUGAAUCAGCAGCAACUAGACUAGCGGGAAGGCGAUUCUGUACAUUAGCAUUCAUAGGAUAG